AGGUCCCCGGCACCCCUGAUACCCGGAGAAACAGGGUAGUUUUCCACCGACCCACGGAGUCUUCCGCCGUUCUGGCCCAAAGGCGAGCUGGACACCCUGUGCGCGGUUUAUCAACGCGGUGAAAGACGGGCGGGCAGCGCACUUAAGAAGAGCUACCCCAAACUCGCACAAACUCAGUUAACUGCCGUCACUGGAGCAGGCCACUUGGUUAGCCCCACCUUGCUCCUCGCGCCCUCCGGAGACAGAUACGCACACCCGUGCACCCGUACACCCGUACACCCAGAGCAGAGAUACGAUGUCGCUGCAGCAGCUGCUCCUGUACUCGCUGUUCCUCUGGGCCGCGAUCGUGCUCUGCGCCCCCACGCCCAGCGAGUCGCGUCGCGUGAUCUUCCUGAAGCCGAACGGCAUCCACCGUGGCCAGAUCCUGGCCACCCACGGCAUGCAGAAGUCCUGCCCCCAGUGCCACAUGAUCGACCACCGGGGCAACUGCCGGCGCAUCAUAGCCUACAACGCAGAUGGCGUGCGCUGCUGAAGCGGCCGAAGUGAGCCCCCCGAACGAAUCUCGCCCCCUCCACACAACCCUAUUUAUUUAUCCCAUCUACGCGCUCGCACCACCCACCGGAACAAUAAACCACCAGGCCACUGGUCCAAUCGAGGUGUUUAUAUUCUUAUCACUUAAAUGUGCCUUACGCGGGGGACUUCUACGCCUCGGCCCUCGAGUGGAGUCGGAAAUACUUGAUUUAGCCAUUAUAAUGCCGACUUGGCGCAAAAGCCCCAGCCAGCCGGGGGCCACCUGCCAGUGCCCCGUCGCCCCGUCGCCCCACCUGCAACAGGUGCUGGCCCGAGCCUCCUUGGCCGCAGCUUGUGCCGCCUUAUCGGGCCCACUGCUUGGUGUAUCGUCACUUGCCCGUGCAUUGCGGCCACCGCCUUUGACAGUCCGAGCAAUCCAUUUUAGCCGAUAUCGUGUUAAUAACCCUAAUUAUUCGGGUUCCAAACUUGCCAGUCAGGCCACUCAGUAGUUGGAACGUUAGUCUAAGGCCUUUUAGUGAGUAAAAAUCAAUGUUACUUCCGGUUUAUUUCUAUUUUGUAUGAUGAGCGAAGAAUCGAUCCAGUAAUGCUUACAAAAAAUGAUAUGAUACAAAUUUAGCUUUUAAUAACCCAAAAAAUCAAUGCAAGUUUCAGUUUAUUUAUGUUUAAUAUGAUAAGCGUGGAAGUUAAAGUCCAAUAAAUGUUUUUUGAAGUGGCGUUGCAGUUAUUUUUUAGCACUUGAAUCAGCAAUUUAAGAAAGCUUUAAUCAAUGUUAUUUGCACUGUAUUUAUAUUUAAUGUGGUAAAUCUAAAAUUAAUAAAAAAAUAAGCACAGCA